AUGCCCUACACCAGCGAGGGAGGCGUAAGUGGUGGCGAGUCCGAAGGAGCUUUAUGCAUGCUCGAAGGGGCGUGGACCCAGGAGAGGGCGAACGUCCUCCAGAAGGGCGUCGACGACAUCUUCCAGAGGAGAGCCGACAGCAGCGAUCUGGGGCGAUUGAAGUUUUCGUUCACCAUCGCCGACCCUGGCAUCGAGGGCUGCCCGCUGAUCGGCUGCUCCGCCGGGUUCGUCGAGCUCUGCGGCUACAGCUUCGACGAGAUCGUGGGGAGGAAUUGCAAGUUCUUGGUCGACCCAGUGCCUCCAGAGCUGGUCGACUCGGGCGCGAGGCGCUUGGCGAGGGAGUUCUGCGCGGCCGUGGCCGAGGGCCGUGACUACCGGGUGCCCAGCGCGGACCGCAGGCCUUGGAUGCCGGAGGGCAAGCCGCACGAGGACGGCAUCUUCCUCGUGCAGACCAAUGCGAGGAAGGACGGCUCUCUCUUCAGGAACAUGUUCUACCUGAAGCCGAUGGGAAUCGAGGAGAGGAACUACAUCGUGGGCCUGCAGACGUCGCUGGACGAAGGCGACGCCGAGGUGAUGGCCGCGGCGCACGGUGCGUGCGAGACCCUCGACAAGAACAUGAUCGAGUUAGAGAAGCUACUUGCGGGCAAGUUCUGGAUCUACACGUCGAUGCGCAGACAAGUCAACGCGUGCGACGAGAGCUCAUACGGCCUCGAGGCGCAGUAG